AUGGCAAGCACGAAAAUGUUUUCUGUGAAAGAUGCGGAAAUCUAUACAGAAAUUUAUGUAGAUAAGUUAUCCGAUGUAGGAAAUGAUAAUGAAUCAGAAAAUUGUGAUGAAAAAAGUGAUAAUACUAGUAAUGGCAGUGAAAUUGUAGCUCCUAGAAAAGAAAUUGUACGGAAGUUAUUGUCUUCAGAAAGUGAAUUUGAAAGUAGCGACUUGUAUAUAGUACUUUUCAACAUUCUGAACGACAGUAGCGAUUAUGUACCUUUUGAGGAUUCAAGUGAGGACAGUAAUGACUAAAUCGUCUCCGAACUUGAAGAUAAGAUUAUUCUCGAAUCUAAAGGCAAUCACGAUGCUUCUCAAGCAACCACAUCAAAUACGAACGAUAAUUUGUAGAAAAAUACAGAAACAAAAAAAGAAAAUUAACAAAAUCUGGAACUAUUUAUUUUCCGAGAACAUAUUGGUUUGAAAUUGGAUACAACAAAUCUUACAGUGAAAACGCUGAUGGACUUACUUUUUUCGGAAGAAUUUUUUGUAUUAUUGUGGUCAAAACAUAAACAAAUAAAAAAAAUCUAAGAACGAAUCACAGUGAAAAGACGUCAGGAAAUGAAAGUUUUCAUUCGACUUCUAUUACAAAAAGGUGCUUGCCCUUUUUCUUCAAUAGAACAUUACUUACAAUCAAAAGAAUACAAGCAAAUUGUAUAAUGUAAUGUUUUGGCAAAAAUUGGUAUGAAUCGAAAUAAAUUCCAAUUGUUAGUGCGUUAUUUUCACUUGAUAAUUCAAUACCAUUUUCCAACAGAUUAUACAAGGUGCAACCUAUACUAAUAUUAUGUACCAAAACUAUGUGCCAGAUAAAAAUAUUUUACAGUAUACAUGGAUAAUUUUUAUAAUUUUGUUGAAUUAUAAUUCAGUAUUGACGAAAUUGAAUUGACUACACGAAAAACUUAUAUGUGUGGAACUCUACGAAAUAACAGAAAGAGGAAUCCCAGAAAUGUGGUAAAUCAAAAACUGAAAAAAGGGCAGUUUAUUUGGUAGUGGUCCUGUUACUGUAUGUAAAUGGAGAGACAAACAAGAAGUCCUUACCAGUUCAAACAUGCAUGUUAAAAUGGUAGAGAUGUUCAAUCAUAAUGGAAAACUUUCGAUGAAACCAAAUAUAAUUCAAGAUUACAAUCAAGGAAUGUUUAGCAUUGACCGAUCAGAUCAAAUGCUAUCGUACUACUAAGAAAGACUAUUAGAUGGCCCAAAAAGGUUGCAUUACAUAUUAUAAGGAUAUAUAUAUAUAUAUAUAUAUAUAUAUAUAUAUAUAUAUAUAUAUACAUAUACAUAUAUAUAUAUGUAUAUACAAAUCUUUUUAAAAAGCAACUUUUUCUAUAAAGUUUUUUUUUACUUAUAAAGAGAAGCAUUCGUCGACGCGUUUGAUUGGAAAAGAUAUUCAACCAGUUUCAAAAAAAAUUAGAUUGCAAAAAGAUUCAUUAUUUACAAUACCUCACCUACCGAAAAAAAACAUGCCAUGUCGAAUUUGUACCAAAGCUGAAAAAUGCAGAGAAACGCAUUAUUUCUGUCCAAUCUAUCAAGAAGCCUUUGCGCGGAAGAUUAUUUUAAAAAUUAUUACAAAUAAUAAAAUAUUCUUUUGCUUGUUGAUUUUGAAUAAACUUUGUAUGAUUACAUUUUCUGUUCAUUUAUUAAUAAAUUUUCUGUUCAUGUAA